UGCGGAAGUUGUUUUGAUUGCGGAAGUGUAGCUGUAGGCGCUGCCCACUGAAGCUAUCUGAUUUAGUUAUUCUGUCAUUUCAUCGUGUUUUGACUCAGCUAUAUGUAGUUUCUCUGGGAGCUUCAAUUCACAGCUCGAUCAGUGUUCCAGGUUGAACUGUCAUGAUGGGGGACCACACCGACACCAGUCUGCAGCCGGAGGAGCGAGUCCGCACUCUGACCAAGAAGGGAAGUUCGGUGGAGGUUAAUGAAGACGUGCCACCACGCCGCUACUUCCGCUCCGGCAUGGAGAUGAUCCGCAUGGCUAACGUCUACGCAGAGGAGGGCAACAUCGAGCACGCCUUCGUUCUUUACAAUAAAUAUAUCACUCUCUUUAUAGAAAAACUUCCCAAACAUCGGGAGUACAAGACCGCCAACAUACCUGAGAAGAAGGACACAUUAAAGAAACUGAAGGAUAUUGCGUUUCCUCAAGCAGAGAUUCUGAAAAAAGCUCUUUUGCGGAGAUUUGAACAAGAGUAUGCACAGCAUCUGGUCAAACAGAAAGCGGAACAGGAGGCGAUGGCGCAGGAGCAUUCCAAGCAGCAAGCGCUGGAUGCGGAGCGGGAGCGCGUGGCCGUGAUGCAGCGGCGGCAGCGGGAGCAGGAGCAGUUCAGUGCCUUCGAGGAGAUGAUCCGCCGCCAGGAGCUGGAGAAGGAACGCCAGCGCGUGCUCCUGGAGUUCGCAGCGCCCGCCACGCCUUCCCCCGACAUGCCCCUCCUUCCAGGCAUCAAGGGGCCACCGCAGGCCUCCCCCACCCCCCCGCAGAGCCCAGGGGACCUGUCUGGCGGCACCAACCACCAAUACGAUCGCCCUCCUUCAACCAUCGGCACACCUGCCACCGCCCCGCCUACCUUCGACCGGACGCUCAAGCCCGGCUCUCUGGUCAGCCCCGGGAACAACACUACGAUGUCGGAUGCCCUUCGGCAGUUGGCUGUUCCCGCUGAGCUGUGCCGGAGCUUUCUGAGGCUGGCCGAGGCCAACACGAGCCGAGCUGUAGAAACGUGUGGCAUCCUGUGUGGCAAACUGACCAGAAAUGCAUUCACCGUGACCCACGUCAUCGUACCAAAGCAGAGCGGCGGACCGGACUAUUGCGACACAGAAAAUGAGGAGGAACUCUUCCUCAUACAGGACCAGUACGAUCUCAUCACGCUGGGCUGGAUACAUACUCACCCCACACAGACGGCCUUCCUGUCCAGCGUCGACCUCCACACACACUGCUCCUACCAGAUGAUGUUGCCAGAAGCCAUCGCUAUCGUCUGCUCGCCUAAGUUUAACGAAAUCGGCUACUUCAGUUUGACAGUUCGAGGAACAGAUGAGAUCUCCUCAUGUAGACAGAAAGGCUUUCACCCUCACAGCAAAGACCCCCCUCUAUUUACACACGCGGGACAUGUCAACAUCACCGACGACACUGUGUCCAUGAUGGAUUUGCGGUGAUUUUCUUUUUUUUCCACCAGAACACUCAUAGACUGUUUUAUCAAACCGCAGACUGGAGAAAACACCUAUUUUCAGGACGGUACUGAGCAAAUACCGACCACCAGUUUACCAUUUUUAUGGACUUCUAUUGUUCUCAAAGGGAACAAUGUUGUGAAUCUAAUUUUUUUUGCUCUGUAAGAAAAGAAAUCCACAUAUUAUUGCACUUUCCAAGCAAACAACUUAUCCACUACAGACUGGCUCACUUCAACCCCUCUGUUUUUGUCAGUUUGUGCUCCUUACUGUUUGUUUUUGUCAUUAAUAAAAAUGUGUGUGUGUCAGUGUCUGGUAACCCAACCUUUGUUUCAUAUAUGCCAUCAAAGUUUGGUUCUGCCUGACAGAUAAAGUGCCAAGGACGAGAACAUUCACUCGCUGCCGUGCAACAUGGAGUUCAGUGUGAAAUCUAUAGUUUGUAAUCUCUGUUGUGUGUCCUUCACAAGCUGUUGAAGUGCUCUGAGUGAUGGGAGAAAUGGAAGCCAGUUGUAACUCAGGUAUGCAGGCAGUGUUGCUGCUCUGUAUUAUAUUUUUAUAUACAACCACCAUCACUCCACAACAUCUGUAAAGGGUUUUGCUUUAAUUCCUGCUCAUCAUGGAUCCACCUUUUUUUAUUUCCUUAUCCUUUAUGCUUUUUGGGUUGGUAGCACUCGUAUAAUGUGUCCGUGCUACAGCGGACAUGUGUGCAAUCUGAAUGUACCUUCUGCUACACAUCACUAACCACCGGGCCGACGUGGAUCAUCAAGCCUCUAACCAGUUUUGUUUGCUCCCUUCGCUUGUUAGAAGAAGUUAAUGAUUAGCCAUAAUUGUUAUGAGAAUACCUUCAAUGAAUUAAAUGCCAAGUCGAAAUAAACUCAUUGUAGAAUAA